CAAGACAUGUGGGCUUAUGGGCCCUGGGCGGUUGAAAGAAAGCGUUAUGGCCUUUCCUCCCCCAAAUCCGAAUGGGCUCGCCGGCGGCGAGCUCGGCCACUCCGGCUCCGGCGACCGAGCCUCCCCUCCCCAUCUCUCUCCAGCAUACAUAGUCUCCGUGCCCCCCAGCCCCUCCCCUCUCCUUUCCACCACCGGACGGCAAAGGCGCGCGCUCGGCGGCGCACCGUCGGUCAGUCGCCAGACUCCUUCCACCGGCUAUCGAAAGGGUUGUCUCUGCGGUGGCGCAUGCUGGUGGGCGGCGAGCUGGCUGGUUGGCUCCGAUCCGGUUGGGCGGUGGGGUUUGGAGUUGGGAGAAAUCCUUGCCGGGUCUUUCGGCUACGAUGCGGUGACGCCUGCGGAUGCCACCAUUCCUCCCUGGAGGGUGUCGGUGGUCUUCAUUCCCCUCUAUCCUCCGCGUGCCGCGGGAAACCCUAGGACACGUCCGGGCAGCAGCGUCGUCGGCGUUGCAUUCCUUCCUGGGGUGUUGCUUGGUACGCGGAGGAUCGGAGCCUAGGAUCGUGGUGGGUAGAUUUCGGAGGGCGCAGCGGUACUGGGUCAUCCGCGCUUUGUCGAGCUGCAGGUGUUGGCAUUGUUUCUUCUUCUUUUUUUUGGCUUGUUGUGUUGCUCGCCCCAGCGUUUGCUCUGUGCUCGGUGUUGGUGCUUUGGAAUACAAAGCGGGGGGAAACCCUUUUUCGGUAAAGGGUUGGGCUUUGGUUUCCGCAUGGGCUAUAUAUCGUUAGGUGUCCCUGAUUGGAGGUUGGUUUCCGACUCACUUUACCCUUCAGUUUGAAGAAAUACUUGUGUGAAUGUCAGGUGUAAUUUGGUUUC